CGGGCCACGCCAAAAUUGCGCUGGGACGCGCGCUAGCCGCGCGGCAGCGCCAGCAAAAAAAACAAGAAAGAACAGCCACACAACCAACCAUGGCGGCGAUGGCCGCGGCGCGCGCGCUCACGGUCAACCAGUACCUGGAGCGGCGCAACCGCUACGACGGCCUCUGCGCCAACAUGGAGGUCACCCCGACCUACGACCGCGCGCCGGCGUCGCGCGAGGUGCCCCUCUUCCCGCAAGGCCGGCCGCCCUCGCCCGUGGCGGACCCCUUACCCGUGGUGGCCUUCCAGCCGCCGCUGUCGCCGCCGACGCCGCACCGCGCCGCUGCCCAGCGGCCGGGCCGUGCGGCACUUCCGCCGCCCCCGCCGCCGCCGCCGCCGCCACCGCCGCCGCCGCGCGAGGCCGCGCGCGUCGCGCCGAAGAAGCGCGGCCGCGACCCGAAGCCGCGGAGCCCGGCGCGGUUGCCCGCGCGGCCGGCGGCCCUGCCGCCGCCCGACGACGCCGCCGAAGUGCACGACGAGAUUGCUGGUAGUUUGACGCCGCCGGCCGCGUCGCCGCUCCAGGAGGCUCGCAUGUUGGACGACGACGACCUGCCCCAGGCGGCCCCCGCGUCGCCGCCCGACGCGUCGCCGCCGCGCCUCGCCGACCCGAACAUGGGCGCGCUCGCGAAGCGAAGGAUGGAAGGACAGGAAAAGGCGCCGGCCAAGAAGCGCGGCCGCAAGAAGCAGGCCCAGCCCCCUCCGAUGAUGGCGUCGCCGCCGCGCCCGGAGAACGGCCAGGCGCCUCCCUUGCGGUUGACGUCGUCGCCGCCCGGGUUGUUAAGCGGCCAGGAGCAGCAGCAGAAGCUGCGGAUCAACGCGUCGGGACGCGUCGCGACCUUACUCGAGAAGAAGCAGCGCGGCUGGCUCGUCGUCGAAUUAGAUGAAAAUCAAGGCGAGGACGGCGCGCCCUUCGAGCAGCGAAGCAUACGGUCGAACUUCGUGACGUUUCUGGACUCGGCGGGCAACGACGUUAUUCCCACGAAGAAGAAGCGCAAGCGGCCGUCCGUGCCGGCCAUCGCACCUCCAGCACCGGGCCAGCAGCCCGUGUCCUUUGCACAAGUCUCAGAUCAAAACCGGCCGCGAAGCGGUUCGGUGGAUUUGGACGCGCCGCCGCCGCCGAAGCCCAAGAAGCGCACGAAGCGCAACAAAGUAGAGUACAACACGGGCGAUCGAAUUAGAGUGGUCGAGCACGCCAAGUACCAAGGUAGACUGGGCACGGUCGUGAAACGAACGGUCGCGUGGGUCGAGGUCCACCUCGAUUCACUGCAGCCGGGCGAGAAGGAGCUGACGGCUUCAUUUAGAAAGAAGGAUUUGGUCUUAUUGAAUGACGCCGGCGACGCGGCGCUGACGGAGGCGGCGUUACCUCCGCCGGCGGCGCCCGCGCCGCCGCCGCGCCCGGUCGAAGACGACGACGUCAUUAGUGAUGACGAGCUGCCGCCGCACCUCGCGCAAGUCAUCGGCAAGAAGGUGGCCAUCCCCAUGCAGCAGGGCGGCGGCUACGGCGUCGUGGCGCGCAUCCAGGACGGGAUUUGCGAGGUGACCGUGCAAGGUAGAGAUAAAGAAGAAUUCGUGACGUCGCACAUCGACGAACUCAUCCUGGCCGACGGCACGAAGCUAGGACGGUUCAUCCGGAAGGGCGAGCCGGACGUGCCGCCGACGCAACCGCCGGCGCCGGCGCCGGCGCCGCCGGCCCCGGCCCCGCAGGAGGACGACGGGGCCUUCGAGCUGCCGGACCCGCCGCUGCCCCUGGAGGUGGGCUGCGCCGUCGUGGAUUUAAAUCAAAACAACCGCAAGGGCCGCAUCGUGGACAAGUCUAAAGCCUGGUUCAAGGUCCAGUUCCCGGGCGACGCGAGCGUCAAGUCGCUGCAGAAAAAAUCCUUGAGAGCCAUCCCCGAGAGCCAGGCGGCGGCGCCGCGGACGCCGGCGCCGCCGCCGGCCGCGGCGCCGGCGCCGGACUACGAGUUCGACGAGGCCGCGGCCGUCGCGGCGCCCGCGCCGGCGCCGGCGCCGGCGCCGCGGCUCGCGUCGCCGGCGGCCUUCCUGCCGGACGUGCCGUCCUGGCCCACCGGCGACGCGGCGGCGCCCGCCGCGCCGCCUCCGGGCGUCGCGGCGGCGCCGCCGCCGCCGCCGCCGGCCGGCGGCCCCAAGAAGCCCGCGUCGAAGCCGCGCGGCCGCGUGCCGGCCGCCCCCGCGGCGCCGGCCGGCGUGAUCCUGCCGCUGGCCGGCGCGCCGCCGGCGGGCGCGCCGAUCCGCGUGCGCACGGCCGGCGGCCGCGAGGCCAUUGUAUUGGAGAAGAUGCAGCGCGGCUGGUUUAGGGUGGAGCUCGACCAGAACGCGAACGACGAGGGCGGCGCGGGCGAGCGCAAGUCGAUGAGAAGGCCCCACGGCUUCGCGCCGGGCCAGGACCACCUCCUGGACGCGGCGCCCCAGGCCGCGUUCGUCCCGAAGCCCAAGGGCUCGGGCUCCUCCAAGGGCCGCAAGUCGUCCGUGCAGCAAUCGGGGCCCGGGCCCGUGCCCGUGGGCGCCGUCCAGGCCAUCACGGCGGGCGGCCGCGUCGCCACGAUCCUGGAGAGGAAGCAGCGCGGCUGGUUCGCGGUCGAGUUGGACGGCAACGCGAACGACGAGGGCGGCGCGUUCGAGCGCAAGAGUAUGAGAAGGCCCAUGUUCGCGCCGGGCCAGGACUCCGUUUUAGAUUCCGCGCCGGAGUCGGAAGGCGUCAAGGCCGUCGCGGCCCAGAAGGCCGCUGCCGGCCCGAAGCCGCCGAAGCAACCGUCGAAGCCGCGCGCCAAGAAGCCCGCGGCGUCGCCGUCCGCGGCCCUAGCCGCAGCAAAGGCCCCGCGGCCGCCGGCGUCCGACGACGAGGCGGCGCAGGAGCCGCCCCCGAACAUCGGCGAGGGCCCGCCGGGGCCCGACAGGGGCACGGAGCUCGAGGACCCGGGCGCGCAGGACAGUGACAUGUUCACGAAGGGCGCGCGCGUCGCCGUGGUGUCGGGGUCGCCGGAUUUUAACGACGGGCCGCCGCGGCGCGGCGUAGUCGUCAAAGCCCGCAGCGACGGCACUUUUGUGAUUGCCGUCGGCGAUGGAACGGGGGGUCCGCUAGAAACGGCGGGCCCCGAGUCGGUGACCUUCGAGGGCGCCGACGAUGAUCUGGUGACGGGGGACAAGGUCGUGGUCAUCAAGACGGGGCGGACGGGCGUCGUCGCGUCCAUUUCUGGAGCGCAGUGGUAUAGAGUUGUGAUGGAUGAUACGAGGGGCACGCCGGCGCACGACGAGCUCGGGGAGAACUUUCGGCCGUCCCAGAUUCGGAAGCGGGGCCUCGAGAAGCCGUCGCCCGAUAUCGUGGAGGGCGCGCGCGUGAUCAUCGAGAACGACGCGCCGUCGCGGCUCGUGACGCCGAAGGGGCUGCCGCCCCGCAUCGGGCGGGGCACGAUCGUCGAAGUGCGAUCGGGCGGCUGGCGCGUGGUCCAGUACGACCAGGGCACGGGCCGCGCGACGGAUUCCGUGCGCGUCGCGCGAUUGGUAGCAUUAGUGCCGGCGGGCGCGCCGCCGCCUUUACCAGGACCACCGGUGCCGCCGCCGCCGCCGAAGGAGAAGCCGCCGAAUUACCAGAAGAUCACCAAACUCAGAGUUCAUUCCACGGCGCGGCGCGAGCUCGAUCGGGCCAAAGCAAGGGCCGCGCCCGACGAGGAGGGGAUGAAGUGCCAGUGCUGGUCGCGCAAGAAGUGGGACGCGAAUGUGGAGAAGCUGUUGGCCGGCGACAUCCACUCGUUACCCGGUCGGAGCGGCCCGCUGAAAUGCAUGCGCGUCGGGCCCUCGAUCCGAGAACAGAAGGAUCGGUUCAUGCGCGAGAAGUCGAUUGGGGUGGAGUGCGACGAGCAGUGUCUGAAUAGGGCCCAGUCCAUCGAGUGCACGAACGAAAACUGCGGCGUCAACGGAGGCACCUGUAACAACCGGCAGUUCCACUUAGGGCGGAGCCCGAAGAUCGACGUCCGGAAAAAAGAUGGGGAGUGGGGCCUCGUGGCCGCGGAGCCGCUGGCGAAGAAGCGGUUCAUCAUCGAAUGCCUCGGGGAGCUCGUGGACCGGGAGGAGGCCAAGGAUAGGUUCGCCAAGGCCCGGGACGGCUACUUCAUGGCGGUCUCGUCCCUCGGCUUAGUUGUGGACGCGACGAAGACGGGCUCCGCGGCGCGCUUCGCGAAGCACUCAAACGAGCCGAACUGCGUGAUCGAGACGUGGAAGUGCGGCAUCGACGAGAGGUACGGCCUUUUUGCUUUGAGGGAGAUUGGUGAGAACGAGGAGCUGACGUACGACCACGGCUGGAUUCGGGAACUGAGGCAACCCAUCAAAGGGGGCCGCGCGGGCCCGGGGGCCGCCGCGCGGCGCGCGUCGGGCGCUCUCCAUGGCGAGGACACGGACGACGACGUCGAGAAGGGUUUGGCCGCUCCUAGACCCUUCGCCGAGGAGGAGGACGAGCAGUACUGCGACGGCUGCCACGCGCCCGUCAGCGACCCGGCGGCCUGCAAGGCGUGCAAGAAGAAGCUCUGCUACGCCUGCGCGAAGACGACGGCCGAGGAGUACGAGGAGGCGUCGCCCUGGUACUGCCCGGAGUGCAACCACUGA